GAGCUCAUAGCAGGAUCCACACUGGAGAGAAGCCCUACAGCUGUGACCUCUGUGGUAAAACCUUUAGCCGUGCUAACAGUUACACAGAUCACCACAGGAUCCACACUGGUGAGAAGCCCUACAGCUGUGACCUCUGUGUUAAAACCUUUAGCAAUGCUAGACAUUUUACAGACCACUGCAAAAUCGACACUGGAGAGAAGCCCUACAUCUGUGACCUCUGUGGUAAAGCCUUUAGCCAGGCUUUCACUUUGAGAUCUUACUGCAGGAUCCACACUGGAGAGAAGUGCCUGUAUCCCAAUGUUACCACAUGGAUGGACGUUCUAAGGGCAGAACGGUUUUCACACCCAGAUGAUGGGCAAACUGGACUACACAUCAAGAGGUCACUCAGUCAGAGUAAUCGUUUGGAGGCAUGGACGCGAGAUGUUCCUUUCCUUCUGCGUCAGGAAGGAAGGCCAGUCACCGACCUGGCCUCAAAUCUGCCCCACCCCUACCAUACACAGUCUCUGGGACCCACUGCUGGGGGAUCCACCUUUUGCACCUCCCCUUACUGGCUUCAGAAGGUGAUGUAUGACCUUAUUUUGCUUCCAAAAUGGCUGCCCUUGUCCGUCAUGCAUCCUGUUGACUACUUCUUCAUCACACUAAGAACUUCACUGGUAACUUCACAACAGAGGCAGUCAGAAGCAUACAAGCCUUCUAUUAUGCCGUGUGCUGAAACAGAUGCCAUGCUAGUUCUACAAGAUGUCCAUGCUGGAAGGCAGCUCCCAUGUUCCCUUGCUGGUCAUGGGGUCCAGGGGUGAAGUCUGGCCAGCCUGCCUGUAUUCCUGGUGGACCGUUACCCCACCCUGUUAGGUGAGGACUGGAAAGCUAGUAUCCAUAGCCCAGAAUGUUGUUUUGGGAAAACAUGGUCAAUUAGUGGACUGUGAGUCAGUUUUCAAUGGAAUGGUCUUGAGUAAGACUUAUAUGACAUUCAACAUCCACUUCUUUUAAGACUUGUGACAAUGUGAACAAAUGCUCAUGAUAAGGAACAAUAUUCUUAUCAGAAAACAUUUGAAUUCAAUGUUUGAAUUCCAUGCUGUAAUUAUUUGUCAGAGAUAGCUGGCAUCCCUGCUCCAGGUGGUCUGAGUGGCCACUCCCUUGUUCCCCUGGAGACUAUGUCAGGUGGCCAGCCUGGAUUUGGACUGGCAAAAGGAUGUCAUAAACAACGAGAGAGCCAUUGAUGAGUGGCUCAUGGACUCAUAGAAAUAGAUAUUCUAUGGACAUCUGAGACCAUUCCUUCUGUUUCAACAAGCUUUGACUAAUGUCAUAUUGAACAAGUCUCAAAAGACACUGUAGCUGGUCUCAGUGAGGGUAAAAGGAAUCCCAUUUUUUACAAUAAAAAUGGACUGCAUUUAUACACCACUUUUGUACCUUGGUGGCACUCCAAGCGCUUUACAUUUGUUGCCUCUCAUUCACCCAUUCACACUCAUACAUUUACGGCGGCACAGCUGCCAUGCAAGGCACUAGCCUGCCCAUAGGGAGCAACAAUGAAAGAGGAAGUUAUUUUUCACCGUAAAAUGAAUUAUGAACCGAUUAUUAAAUGAUGUUUUGCUACACCUCUCCUGACUCCUGUGCUGUCUUAUAUUUCAUAUUGAGUGAAAAAUUAACCAGGAUAUUCAGCAAAUUGUUAGGCUAUUUGAUAAAACUAGGGAAAUGCCUCUUGUACCAAUCACAGUGCAUUUACAGUGCAGUUCUUGUUAGGAAGUGUGCUGGAGGCAGGCAGACCAUGUUAAAGGCACCCGACCAAGAAGGACUGGGCUACUCCUUCAUGCAACAUUGUAACGCCCCACAUCCAGGGAUCUCCGGGAAUCUCACUCCAAACUUGACGACCCUGUAGUAAAUGAAUAAUAAAAUUCAUAGUUUACCCACCUAAAAUGUUACCACUACACCACUGCUACAUUGUGAUCCGCCAGCCCGUUAUGUAAAUCUGACUUUUGAGGUAAAGGGUCAACCACAAUACAGAUCAUCGAUAGCUAAUUGUCCUUACAGGAUUACUAUGGAGUCACAUGCAUACCAUAAACAUCUAUAAAAAAUAUGUGUAUGGUUGAAAGAAAGCAUUUAGUCAUAGUUCUCGCAGUAACACCAAUUCCUGAUGGCAACAUGACUGUUAGGAGUCUUCUGCCUUCUUUGUUAGGCUGUCACUCA